UUUUUCUUCCACACACCUAUUCUCGGGUCUAUUUCAAAGCCUUUAGUUCUGUUCUGGUGAUCUAUCCUUUUACCAAAACCAAGAAAGAGUGCGGAGCCGAAAGCACUCAGGAGCCAGCGUAGGGUUCGSUCACUAGCUCGCCCCACGGCUCGCGCUCGCGCGCUGUCACUCAYUGCCCAAGCCCGCUGGGCACAGGCGCAGCAGACCGACGAAGUCCCACCCACUCGGGAUCUCUCCCGCCCCCGGAAGUGGUGGAUCGGAAGUGGUGAGAACUGAGAGGCACUGGCCAGGAAGCGGGGAUCGGGGUGGCAUUUCUCUGUGCGAAGACUGAGGUGUUMUUUGCUGCGUCGUAGGCGGGUCCGUGGCGGCCUGACAUCAAGGGCUAGGCCGGGGACGUGUAGGUCAUGGCGCUGGCCUCGCGAGUGUGGCGCUUUCUCCCUUUGGCACGUGGAGCUGUUCCGGGUACUCGGUUUCCGACGAGGACUUGGGGCAGCCGUGAGCAGUGCUGCCCCGGGCGAUUCCGCGGCCCUGAGGUGAUAGGUAACGCAGGAACUUUGAAAAGAGGCCUUUUAUUCUCAGCCUUGUCUUAUUUGGGUUGUGAAACUUAUCAAGUCAUUUCACAGGCUGCUGUUGUUCAUGCCACAGCCAAAGAUGCAGAGGUACUGUGGCGAUUGGCUCGGGCAUCACGUGAUAUUGCUCAGCUUAGCGGGACUUCAGAAGAGGAGAAAAAGCUUUAUGUGUAUGAAGCCCUAGAGUAUGCAAAAAGAGCGCUAGAAAAAAAUGAAUCAAGUUUUGCUGCUCAUAAGUGGUAUGCAAUCUGCAUUAGUGAUGUUGGAGAUUAUGAAGGCAUCAAGGUUAAAAUUGCAAAUGCGUACAUUAUCAAGGAGCAUUUUGAGAAAGCAAUUGAACUGAAUCCUAAAGAUGCCACCUCAGUUCACCUGAUGGGUAUUUGGUGCUAUACAUUUGCUGAAAUGCCUUGGUAUCAAAGAAGAAUUGCUAAAAUGCUGUUUGCAACUCCUCCUAGUUCCACUUAUGAGGAGGCCUUGGGCUACUUUCAUAGGGCAGAACAAGUGGAUCCAAACUUCUACAGCAAAAACUUGCUUCUUUUAGGAAAGACAUACUUGAAAUUAAAGAACAAAAAGCUUGCUGCUUUCUGGCUAAUGAAAGCCAAGGACUAUCCAGCACACACAGAGGAAGAUAAGCAGGUACAAACAGAAGCUACUCAGUUGCUUACAGGUUUGUGAAAAGAAAUGAGACCUUUCAGAGAAGAAAAUACAUGAAAUACCCAAUAAACUUCCUUUUAUUUAUAAA